AUGCCCAUUAUUUUUAAAAAGUUGCCGCAGUCUGUUGCAUUACCUUUAACCGCAUCGCAUAUCACAAAUAAUCUAACAAUUCUUCGUACUGAACAGAAAGGGUUGACAUCGUUUGCCUCUGCGCACAAAAGCGGUGUGUCAAUAUUCGUAACAACUGACGAUUUUAGUAAACAGAAUCAAGCGCAAGUGUGGUGCCGAUCAAGUUCAGCACCAUCAGCCGCAGCUGAUAAUGAAGCACAAAGUUUAUCGUAUGUCAUAGAAGCAAAAUUUAUCAUUCUACCUAUUCGAACAUUACUGGUAAUUGCAUGUGGAAAAAGUGUUCAAAUGUUUGAAUCCGAUGGUUCUGUAAAUGUUCAUAUUCACAUGCUGCCGAAUAGUCCAAAUAAAUCAGGUUUAGAAAAGCAUUCAUUUUUCAUUUCUAGCGUAGCAUUGCUAAAACCUUAUAUUUCAGAAUCUUCUAUCUAUGCCAGAGCUCAUCAAUGUGGUGUGACAAACAUUGUAUCAAAUGACGAAAUACUAAUUUCUAGCGAUACUCUUGGAGUAAUUUUAAUAUGGAAUAUUAGUACAAUGUUGCAGAGAAACAAAAUCGAUCCCGUUAGUGACAGCGGCAUAACAUCAAUGGGACUGUGGAACAAUUAUUUAGCAUCUAGUUAUGCAAAUGGGAUGAUUCGCAUUUAUGACGUUGAAGCAGGUGCGUCUCUGCGGCCCCUUUACUGGCAAUCUACUGAUAAUGAACUGUUUGUAUUGAAGAUUUCACACCAGUGUAAUUAUCGUAUUGAAAACAAUCAGCUUGUUGGUGUAAGGUUUUUAAGCCGCACUAAAAAUGAUCUAGCUGUAUGUGGAUAUGAUUAUCAAGAAAUAACGAUUCUAAAAGCUUGA